CAACAGAAAGCAAUCUGUUCUGACAAAGGAAGGCUUGAAAGGUUCCACGAUGCUGUUCCAGCUACUCUCUGUCUUCUGGGAGGCCUUGUCCCUGAAGGUUGUUCUGGUGUUUCUGGCAACAUUUCUGCUUCUUGCUGAUUACAAGAAAAGGAUUCGCCCAAGGGAUUUCCCCCCAGGGCCAGGGCCUCUUCCCUUGCUGGGUAAUAUACCACAUUUUGGUGCAAAGAACCCUCAUUUGGCAGCACGGAAGGCAGAAAAAUAUGGCAAUGUCUUCAGCAUUCAGGUUGGGAAAAUAUGGAUCGUGAUUGUGAAUGGAUUGCAUCUGGUGAAGGAAGCUCUUGUCCAUCAGGGUGAAAACUUCAUAGAUCGUCCAGUUGAUCCUCUUUCCAAAGAAAUCACUAGGUCAUUGGGAGUGAUCUCCUCUAAUGGUCUCACCUGGAAACAACAGAGAAGAUUUGCCAUAUCAAUGCUCAGAAACUUUGGUCUGGGUAAAAGGACUUUAGAAGAACGAAUACAGGAAGAGAGCCGAUACCUAAAGGAAGCUAUUGAAGCUGAGAAAGGGCAGCCAUUUGACCCUCAAUUUCAGAUUAAUAAUGCUGUUUCAAAUAUCAUUUGUUCUGUCACUUUUGGUGACCGCUUUGAUUACCAUGACAGUAAUUUCCAGAAGUUAUUGCUCUUCCUUGAUGAGAUAAUGUAUCUUCAGGCAUGUAUUUGGACUCAGCUGUACAAUGCAUUUCCUACUCUCAUGAAGCACUUGCCAGGGCCCCAUCAGACUCUUAUUAAAAACUGGGGACAACUGAAAUCCUUUGUGAGAGAAAUCAUUGAAAAACAUGAAGAACAACAACGGAACCCAUCUGAACCCAAAGAUUUCAUAGAUGCCUAUCUAAACCAAAUGGCCAUGGAGGAUGCUGCUUCCAGUUUUCAUAAAGACAACCUCCUACAAUCAACACUGGAUCUCUUUUUUGCCGGAACAGAAACAUCUUCUACAACCCUGCGCUGGGCCUUGCUUUACAUGGCCAUUUUCCCGGAAAUUCAAGCCAGAGUUCAAGCGGAAAUAGAUUCUGUGAUUGGCCAGUCUCGCCAGCCAGCAAUAGGUGACAAGGACAGCAUGCCCUAUACCAAUGCAGUUGUUCAUGAAGUUCAAAGGAUGAGCAGCAUUGUGCCAUUGAAUGUGCCCCGGAUGACAACUAAGGACACGACACUGGCUGGGUUUCAUGUGCCCAAAGGAACCAUAUUGCUCGCCAAUUUGACCUCUGUGCUGUUUGACAAGGAUGAGUGGGAAACACCCAAUGAGUUUAAUCCUGGCCAUUUCCUGGAGAAUGGUCAGUUCCGGAAAAGGGAAGCAUUUCUGCCAUUCUCUGCAGGAAAGCGAGCUUGUCUUGGAGAGCAGUUGGCAAGGAUCGAGCUUUUUCUUUUCUUCACUGCCCUACUUCAGAAGUUCACUUUCCAGGCUCCAAAAGGUGUGACAUUAAGCCUUGACCAUCGGUCAGGUCUUACGUUAUCCCCCCAGCCGUACCGGAUAUGUGCAUUCUCUCGCUGAGGGGACUCAUUUUAUGGUACUGGUCAUUAAUAGAAGAUGGUGAAGAAUUUGGCCAGCAUUUCCUCCUUAGUUUCUGUCCUUAGUGACAAUCGGUCCCCUAAACUGCAGGGCCAUAGCUCAAUAGUAAUGCAUGUCCGUUGUUUUUAGAAGGCCCCAGGUUCAGUCUGCAUGACUGGUGUGUGGCUCUUCUCAUAAAUGAUCGCAAGUAUGUGACUUUUAAAAAUGUCCCGGUGGCACAGCUAGAGCAGUGUCUUAUAAACAAGCAAAGCCUUGCAUCUGAACCACUUCAACAUUCAAAUGCCAGAUUAAUAACCUACUCUGGAGAAAGAUUGCAGAUGUCUGGUAAGUGUAACCUGGAUUGCAAGUAUCACAAU